GACAAUGUCUCACCACUGCCACGACGAGCACGACCACCACGGCCACAGCCACCACGACGGCGAGCUGCACGACCACUCAGACGACAUCACGCCGGCGCUGCAGUCGUCGCUGUACGAGCAGAUCAACUUUGACGAGAUCACGACGCUCAACGAGGCGCGCCGGGACGCGGGCAAGGACGUCGUGCGCAAGACGUGGGCGGAGAGGCUGAGUCCGGAGCCGGAGCUGGCGAGCGAUGCCGACGAGCAGCUUCUCAUGACGGUGCCAUUCACGGCCCAAGUCAAGCUGCACUCCAUCCUCAUCCGCACAUCCCCCUCCCCCUCGGCGCCCAAGACGCUGCACCUCUUCGUCAACCGCGACAACAUGGACUUUUCCGCCGCCGAGGAGGAGGAACCCCUGCAGGUCAUUGAGCUCUCGCAGACGUCCGAGGUGCAGGAGAUCCCCGUCAAGCGCGCCCUCUUUGGCAGCGUGCAGCGCCUGGUGCUCUUCUUCGUGGACAACUUCGGCGACGGCGACGAGGACGUGUCGAGGAUCAGCUAUCUGGGCUUCAAGGGGGAGUGGACGAGGCUGGGCAAGGCGCCGACCAACAUCAUCUACGAGGCGGCGGCGCAGCCGGGGGAUCACAGGGUCAAGGGGACGAGUAACUGCCUGAUACCCGAUGCCGACGUCAAAUACAUAAAAUCCAAUUCACACACAAACGCACACACACGCACACACCCGGCCCCCGCAAUGCCUCCCAGGAUACCCAUCCGACUGGCGCUGCCACGCCUCGCCGCCGUCAACCGCCCAGCUCUCCUCCUCCCACACAUCCCCCAGCGAGGCAUCAAGUACGGCUGGUCGACGGCGCCGCCGCGGUCCAAGCACAAGCGCUUCAACCAGCCCAACGCGGGCCUGCCGGCGCUGACGACGGGCCCCGCGGCCGCGCUCAAGCGCCGCGAGAACACGACGCCGCUGCGGACGGGUGUGCUGGCCGUCAAGAAGGGCAUGACGAGCAUCUUCCAGGGCAAGACGCGGGUGGCCUGCACGGUGCUGCAGCUGGACCAGGUGCAGGUGGUGGCCAACAAGACGCGCGAGAAGCACGGCUACUGGGCGGUGCAGGUCGGGCUGGGCGCCCGGCACGGCCGCAACGUGACGAGCCCGAUGCUGGGCUACUACGAGGCCAAGGGCAUCGCGCCCAAGGCCGAGCUGGCCGAGUUCAAGGUGCGCGGCGAGGAGGGGCUGCUGCCCGUGGGCGCGCAGCUGCUGCCGGACUGGUUCCAGCUGGGCCAGCACGUCGACGUGCGCGCGCGCUCGAGGGGCAUGGGCUUCGCGGGAGGCAUGAAGCGCCACGGCUUCGCGGGCCAGGAGGCGUCGCACGGAAACUCAAAGAACCACCGGACGAUCGGUUCGACGGGUCCCUCGCAGGGCAGCGGAAGCCGCGUCCUGCCCGGCAAGAAGAUGCCCGGGCGCAUGGGCAACGAGUUCCGGACGGUGCAGAACCUCAAGGUGCUCAAGGUGGACAACGAGCUGGGCGUCGUGCUCGUCAGUGGGCCGAUCCCCGGGCCCAAGGGCCGCAUCGUGCGGCUGCAGGACGCCAAGAAGAGGAAGGCUCCCGCGCUGCAGCACAGGGAGAAGGCGCGCGGCGAGCUGGAGCAGAGGCAGCCUGAUUUGCAGGACAGGCUGGAGCAGGCGAGGUUGAGGCAUCUGGACAUGCAGGCCCAGCGGAGGGCGCACAUGGCAGAGGUGUAA